AAAAAAAAAAAAAAAAAAAAAAGAGAUGCUCGAAUCUUUGGAAUCGCGUGGUGAACCGAUAAGGGGCAGAAAAAAUGAAUAUCACUAUACAUGGGACGAUUCGUCGAACCAUUAUGAUCUGAGAGAAUCGGUUUACUUAGGUUUUAUUUUAUUCAAUACUUCGUACCAUUUUAUAAUUCUACAACUCGACCCUUUUCGCUUUAGCUCCAAUGACCCCUAAUUAUUAUUCUAACCUAGUCGUGCAGCUCUUUUUUUAAUACCGAAAAGACUAGUAUUUAAAUAAAUAUUCAAGUCCCAUCCCGUCUUUCUUUCUAUUACAGAACAUUUCUUAGAGGUUUAUAUUUAUUGCGAUACCCACCCAUUAAGACAAGACCGUCUCACCGACAAGACAAGACAAUCCUUUUUGCCAUCGACCUCGUAACUUGGUUCAUUAUUAUUAUUAUUAUUAUUAUUACUAUACUUUAGAUACUUCUAAUAACAAAGCUCGCCUCCGACUAAAUACCUCCCCCCCCCCCGCCGUUCCCUAUGAGCGAAACUACAGUCGUCGUAGAAACGCUCGCCGAGCGACGAGCUAGGCACCACGAGGCCGAGGUCGUAAUAGUCGGUGCCGGCGUCUUCGGGUGCGCCGUUGCAUAUGCUCUAGCCGAGCAGGGCAGGAGUGUUAUCCUCCUCGAGAGAUGGCUAAAAGAGCCUAACCGAAUCGUCGGCGAACUGAUGCAGCCAGGCGGUGUAAACUCUCUCCGGAAACUGGGCUUAGGCCACACCAUCGACGACAUCGACGGCCAGCCAUGCCACGGCUUCAACGUCUUCUUCUACGGCAAAGACGUCCGCAUGCCCUACCCCCGGAUACAAGGCCUGCUUGGUCUGGACGGAGACGAGAAGGCAAAUGGGAACGGGAGUGCAAAGGUUAAGAGCGACGAACCGCCACGACCCCAGGGCCGAAGCUUCCACCACGGCCGCUUCAUCUCACAGUUACGCAAGGCCUGUCUCAGUCACCCCAACAUCAGCGUGUUCGAGACGGAAGCCAUAGGCACCGUCAAGGGCGACCACAACCCAGAAAUCCUAGGCGUUGAGACGCGAACAGUCAACGCCACCACCGGCGAGAAAGAGCCCGACUGCUUCUUCGGACAAUUAACCAUCGUCGCCGACGGCUACGCCUCCCGCUUCCGCAAGCAGUACAUCAACGAAACUCCGAUAGUCCGCAGCAAGUUCUACGCCCUCGAGCUAAUCGACUGCCAACUCCCUAGCCCCGGCUUCGGCCACGUCAUCAUCGGCGCCCCCAGCCCAGUCCUCAUCUACCAGAUCGGCACGCACGAGACCCGCAUCCUCGUCGACGUGCCCGAGAAACUCCCCGAAGCCGCCCCGGCUAACGGCGGCGUCCGCGGAUACAUGUCCAAGGUGGUCCUGCCCGCGCUCCCCGCCUCCGUCCAGCCCUCCUUCAAAGCCGCCCUCGACCGCGACUCCAAGAUCCCGCAGAGCAUGCCCAACAGCUGGCUGCCCCCCACCAAGCAGUCCUCCACCCCGGGCCUCGUCAUCCUCGGCGACGCCAUGAACAUGCGCCACCCGCUGACCGGCGGCGGCAUGACCGUCGCCCUCAACGACGUCGUCCUGCUGCGCGACCUCCUCGCCGACAUCCCGGACCUGUCCGACACCGCCGCCGUCGCGCGCGCCAUGGACACCUUCCACUGGCGCCGCAAGAAGCUCACCGCGAUCAUCAACGUCCUGGCCAUGGCCCUGUACAGCUUGUUCUCCGCGCGCAACAGCGAGCUGGCGAAGCUGCAGCGCGGGUGCUUCGCCUACUUCGAGCGCGGGGUCACGCGCGAGCCGAUGGGCAUGCUGGGCGGGCUGAUCCCGGAUCCCUUGGCGCUAGCGUACCACUUCUUCUCCGUCGCGUUCGUGGCGAUCUGGCUGGAUUGGAAAGCCACCGGGCUCUGGAAGGUGCCGCUGCUGUUCUGGAAUGCGUUUUGGAUCCUGUGGACGGCCAGCCGGGUGUUCUUGCCGGUCAUGUAUCGGGAGGCGUUUGUGUAGACCGGGUGGUGGUAAUACGUUCGGUAGGUACCUAAGUUAAGUGCUAUGUGGCGAUGGUUCGAGGAGGGACUUUUGGUCUCGGUAUACCCUGAAGAAGAAGAAGAAGAAGAAGAAGAAGAAGAAGAAGAAGAAGUAGGAAUGUGGACUUGGACUUGGACUUGGACUUGGACUUUGAGGUCCGUUAUCGAGUGAUUAUGAGAAAGGGGGAUGUCUGUCCGCCCUAGAGGAUGAUACACACACACACAUAUACAAACAUGCAUGCAUGCAUACGUCUCUGCUCGGUAUACUUGGGCUUGAUAUCAGUCGCCCAGCGAACAGGAGAAAGAGACAUGAGAGGAAAAUGAAGAUUAAUUAGAUCUACGGCUUAACGGAUAUAUAUCAGUAUUUAAUUGUAAUGAUUCAAAUGAGAUUGACAAGAUUGUUUAGUGGCUUGUCUGCGAGACGUGUUUGGAUGUCUUAAGUUGGUAGGCUUCUACUUAUGAUCUACUACCUCAUCCCAAUAUGAAGC